GGAACUAGGGCUCAUUGUCUUGCUGUAUUGAUUGGAGAUAUCGACAUCGAUGCCGGAUGCUUCUGCUAUUUCCAAACCACUGUUGCUUAAAGGAGGCACAGUUGUGAACCAUGACGUAUCCUUCAAAUCAGAUGUUUUAAUUAAUAAUGGUAUUAUUCAGGCUGUUGGUGAAAACCUUAGCUACCCCAACGGCACAGAAAUUAUCGACGUAAGUAAUAAAUUAUUAUUACCUGGCGGGAUUGACUUGGACUGUCACAUUGGUGUCGCAACCUCGAAUGACCCUAUAGCUGAUACUUACCUCUCUUCAGGAAAAGCAGCUCUUUUUGGUGGUACAACUACAAUUGUAAACACGGUUAAUGCUUAUCCUGGGGAAUCACUAAUAGACGCAUAUGAACAGUUUGUAUCAUCAGCCCAUGAAAGCCUAGCAUGCGAUUAUGGUGUAUGCUUGCGGUUGGCUGGCUUCUCAUCAGAAACGAACAACGAGCUGAAUACUUUAGUUCAAGAUAAAGGAGUGGUGCUAUUUUCCGUUCGUGUGGGUUCAAAAUCUUCAUCUGUGGUAGAUAGUGAACAGUGUAUUAUCAAUGAAGAAGAAUUUUGUUAUUUCUUAAAGGCUUGUCGACAACUAGGAGCGUUGCCAAUGCUUGAAGCAGCUACUUCUGUGUCGUUAGCUGAGAAAUUAUCCUCAGACGUGCAAAUCAACUGUCCCGAUAUUGGUCCAGAAGUCAAUUUAUUAGUUUCACCGGAAGAAGCUGAGGCAAAUAGUAUAUUGCAAGGAUCUUUGUUUUCACAAUAUGCAGGAUUUUGUUGUCCGCUUUUAAUUUCUAGAAUUCAUAGUAAAGCAGCACUAAAUUGCUUCAUUGAACAGCGCCGUAUGUGUAGAGGUAUAUUAUUUGGACAAACUAGUAUCCCCGCAAUAGCUAUUCCUCUUUCUUUAAUAAACUGUGAUGAUCAUCCUGACGACGUGUUGACCCAUUCAAAGAAUUGGGCUGUUGCUGCUAGUUACAUGUGCGACCCUCCAUUACGACCAGAUACUUAUCUUAGCCGAAGGUUGCUGACUCACCUCGUCUCUGAAGACUUGAUUUGCGUUGGUUCAGGUCAUCGGGCAAUAACCACUGCAGUUCGUGCAGCUUUUGGAUCAAAAAGUGCUGUACAUAUACCUCGUGGUAUAGCAUCUUUGGGCUAUAGAAUGGUUGCCUUAUGGCAUUUUGGGGUUGAAAGUGGAUUUUUGGAUCCUUGUACGUUCGUCAAAGUAACUAGCUCUAAUCCUGCAAGAUUAAUUAAUGUUUAUCCUCAGAAAGGCAGAAUAGAAGUCGGUUCCGACGCCGAUAUAUUAGUUUGGUCAAACUCCUAUAAGCAAGACGUUUUGAAAAACAUUUUACCCGAUGGUGUGCCUAACCUAUUUUCUAACACUUCUGCUUAUCAUUCGGGACCUGAAGUGGUUAUAUUACGUGGUCAUAUUGCUGUUCAGAAUACCGAGUUUUCAAAUAACACUUCCACUUAUGGAAAACUGCUUGUUUGCCGACCAUUUUCUCAUUAUGUGUAUGCUCGUGUCGAUUCAGUGGAAAGAAGUGUCAAUUCCGAAUUUAAAAUGCUCCAACGCGAACCAUACGUAGGAAAUGCAGUUCCGAUUACUACUGAAACUUCAAAUGAUAACAAGGAAGGGUACUACUUUCGGAAAGAAUAUUAUGAUAAUAUACCCAGAGUGGCCUUACCACCUGGUCAGAGGAAAAUACACACGUCAGUUAAAACGGCUCAACCUCCCGGUGGUUCAUCGAAUGCGUUUUGGUCAAACGAAUAAGAAAAUCCAUUGUCUGUAGAUGUUAACUUCUACAUUUUCGAUUUCUAGCUUUAUAUUUCACUUUGAGUAAUUUCCAUGGUGCAUUUCAACUAAACCAACUGAAUUUCCUUAAUUAUUUACGUGUCUUAAUAUCAUUUCUUUGAUUAAAACAGCCAUUAAUGUUGUGCAAAAUAUUUAAGUAACAAUCUAAUAAAUUCAAUUACGAGUUAUCCUUUUAUACAUUCCAAUCGGUUGAUUGUCUGAUGGUUCUAAAAAUAUAAUGGAGAAAGCUUUGUUUUGUAAUCUUCCAACCAUAACGUAUUAACUAUAGAAGCCUC